GGUGGAAGCGGCUCUCUGGGACCUCGCUUGCACGGGAUGGCCGGCUACCUGCGGGUCGUGCGCUCGCUGCGCAGAGCCUCGGGUUCGGGGCCAGCCUGGGCGCCGGCGGCCCUGACCACUCCCAGCUUGCCGGAGCAGCCGCGGCGCCACUAUGCUGACAAGAGGAUCAAGGUGGCGAAGCCGGUGGUGGAGAUGGAUGGCGACGAAAUGACCCGCAUCAUCUGGCAGUUCAUCAAGGAGAAGCUCAUCCUGCCCCAUGUGGAUGUCCAGCUCAAGUACUUUGACCUUGGGCUCCCGAACCGUGACCAGACCAAUGACCAGGUCACCAUUGACUCUGCGCUGGCCACCCAGAAGUACAAUGUGGCUGUCAAGUGUGCCACCAUAACCCCCGAUGAGGCCCGUGUGGAAGAGUUCAAGCUGAAGAAGAUGUGGAAGAGCCCUAACGGAACCAUUCGGAACAUCCUUGGGGGGACCGUCUUCCGGGAGCCCAUCAUCUGCAAAAAUAUCCCCCGCCUUGUACCCGGCUGGAACAAGCCUAUCACUAUUGGCAGGCAUGCCCAUGGCGACCAGUACAAGUGCACAGACUUCGUGGUAGACCGGGCUGGCACGUUCAAGAUGAUCUUUACACCAAAGGAUGGCAGUGAGACCAAGGAAUGGGAGGUGUACAACUUUCCUGCCGGUGGCGUGGGCAUGGGAAUGUACAACACGGAUGAGUCCAUCUCGGGUUUCGCGCACAGCUGUUUCCAGUAUGCUAUCCAGAAAAAGUGGCCGCUGUAUAUGAGCACCAAGAACACGAUUCUGAAGGCCUAUGACGGGCGGUUCAAGGACAUUUUCCAGGAGAUCUUUAACAAGCACUAUAAGACUGACUUCGACAAGAAUAAGAUCUGGUACGAGCACCGGCUCAUUGACGACAUGGUGGCCCAGGUGCUUAAGUCCUCGGGCGGCUUUGUGUGGGCCUGCAAGAACUACGAUGGAGACGUGCAGUCUGACAUCCUGGCUCAAGGCUUCGGCUCCCUUGGCCUGAUGACCUCUGUGCUGGUGUGCCCGGAUGGGAAGACCAUCGAGGCUGAGGCUGCCCACGGGACAGUGACCCGCCAUUACCGGGAACACCAGAAGGGCCGGCCCACCAGCACCAACCCAAUCGCCAGCAUCUUUGCCUGGACCCGGGGUCUGGAGCACCGGGGCAAACUGGAUGGGAACCAGGACCUCAUCAGGUUCUCCCAGACUCUGGAGAAGGUGUGCGUGGAGACUGUGGAGAGUGGAGCCAUGACAAAGGAUCUGGCCGGCUGUAUUCAUGGCCUCAGCAAUGUGAAGCUGAAUGAACACUUCCUGAACACUACCGACUUCCUGGACACCAUCAAGAGCAACCUGGACAGAGCCUUGCACAAGCAGUAGGGGUGGACGCUGCCCAGCUGUGGCGUGGACUGGCCGGAGCCAAGGGCAGCGGGUGCUCCUGACACAGAGGAGGGUGAGCCUCACAGCCCCUCUCUGGAGGCCUUUCUAGGGGAUUCUUUUUAAUUUUUUUCUUUUUUAUAAGAGAUAUUUUUAAAAGUAUGGGUGUGCUUCCCCUCAUGAUGUGAGGCAGGAGCAGUGUGCUUUACCUCAGCCAGUCAGUGUGUUUUGCAUACUGUAAUUUAUACUGCCCUCAGAACACAUGGUGCCAUAUUUAGCUACUAAAAAACUCUUCACAAAA